GUUUUCUCUGAGCCUUGGAGUGGCGAGGCGAGAGACGGCCGCCGGACAGUCAGGCACCAUGGCUUCGUCCCUCACCAAGACUGCGAACCUUAUUACAAAAAUUGGCCCAUUUGUCAGUGGGACGAGAGCAGUCAUUCAGGCUCCCAGUGUUUUGCAGAAAAGGAGUUUUACUGCUUCUAAGCCUUUCCCGGUUGCGCAAUAUGGCGGUCGCUUUACUGUUACCAUGCUUCCUGGUGAUGGUAUUGGGCCAGAAAUGAUGGGCUAUGUUGAGAACAUCUUCAGGUAUUUUUUGCCUUGAUUGAUUGCAUAUUAUUUAUUAAAGUUUCUUGAAACAGAGAUAUAAAAUUCAUAUAGAUAUAAUUGAAUCUCUGACAUUACUGAAACAGGUAGCAUUGAAAGCAAGUAUGGAGAAUCAGGAUCUUCUCGCAAUGCAGCCCUUCGAAAUGAGCUGGACCUCUUUGCCAAUGUGCUCCAUUGCAAGUCUUAUCCAGCUGUGCGAUCUGUGUAUCAGGAUGUGGACAUUGUUAUUAUUCGUCAGAAUACUGAGGGGGAAUAUUCCAUGUUGGAGCACGAAAAUGUGAAAGGUGUCAUUGAAAGUUUGAAAAUCAUCACAAGAACUGCUUCAGAGCGUCUUGCUCGAUACGCUUUUGAGUAUGCUGUAAGCCACGGCCGCAAGAAGGUCACAGCGGUGCACAAGGCAAAUAUUAUGAAAUUGUCAGAUGGGCUGUUCCUGCAAACUUGCCGUGAUGUAGCAAAGGAUUAUCCAGAGAUUGAGUUCUCUGACAUGAUUGUAGACAACACUUGCAUGCAACUAGUGGCCAGGCCUCACCAGUUUGAUGUGAUGGUCAUGCCGAAUUUGUAUGGCACUGUUAUUUCCAAUGUGAUCUGUGGACUUGUUGGCGGGCCCGGUCUUCUGUCAGGCAGAAAUUAUGGCGAUCAUUUUGCUGUGUUUGAGCCUGGCACCCGAAAUACUGGAACUGCAGUUGCUGGUCGGAACAUUGCUAAUCCAGUUGCCAUGCUGAAUGCUUCAUGUGACCUGUUGGAACAUCUCAACCUGAAUAAUCAUGCAACCAUGAUACGAGAUGCCAUCAACAAGACAUUGUGUGUUGACAGGAUUCAUACAUCUGAUUUGGGAGGUCAGGCAACCAGUCUUGAUGUUGUGCAAAACAUCAUUCAAACAAUUCAGACAAGCACUUCCUCCAGCAAGUGGUAACUUAAACUUGUAUCUCAACACUUUCCUGUAGCUCCUCUCAGCAUAAAACGAUACAUUUUGUGACGACAGUAAUCUCUUACCCAGCAAAAUCGGGGUCAGCGCCGAGCCACGACCACCACCGUCACAUUCCACUUUGAACAGGGUGCUUUGAUGUAUCAUCACACUGAAAUUCGGCCUUAUUUUUUUCCGCGCACCAGAAGAGUGUCGCGAUGAGCGGUGAUUUUCACUGUUUAAUCAGCUCCAGUCCGAAGGGGCGCUCAUUGCUCGCAGCCCAUCGCAUCCCCCGGCGUGGGUGUCGAUAUUGGGAAGGUUCUUACUUGCAUUUAAUUACAUACUUGUGUUUCUACAUAUAGUUUGGGAACACUUUUUGUCAUUUCAGUUAGGCUUUACAUUUGUUUGCUCAUAAAUUGUUUUAUGUAUAUUGUAAAUAAGAGAAACAAUAUAGUCAUAUUUAUUAACAACAAGGGCCUGGAGCGUCAAACACUAUGUGACAAGCCGUAGUAAGGCACAUUAUAUUGGCUAAUUACGCUGAUUUGUAAUGUCUGAUCAGGAGGUAAUCAAGAAGGCAAAUCUAUAGCAGUAGUCUUUGUCUUGAAAUGCAUCUUUGUAAAUAGUUUAGUAUGGUGUAAUUGUUAAUAUAAAUUUAUUUUAAAAA